AUGUUCAAUUGGGCUGUCGACCCUACCGCCCCGCCAGGUCCUACCUUCUCGUCCCUUAACUACCCCAUUCCUGCGCCGCACCACGAACCGAUACCUACUCCACAGCAGCAGCAACAACAGCAGCAGCAGCAGCAUCACCCGAGCCAGCAGCAACAGCAGCAUACGCAUGGUGGUAGCGAGGUGACGGCGUCCGAGAGUCCGAGCCUGCGGGAGAACCCGUUCACGGACCAGGACGCGGACGGGAAGGUCGUGCUGCAUGGGCAGGAAGUGCAUUUAUCGGGAGUCCGGGGGCCGCAUGACGGACACGGGCAGCAGCAUCAGGCUGCUGCACGGCGGCGGCAACAACAACAGCAGCAACAUCAUCUCCCACACCAGCAGAAACCACAUCAGCCUCACCCGCAGGCUCAACAACAGCAACAACAACAACAACAUCACCACCAACAACAACAACAACAACAAGCCAUAUCUCGUCAGCAUACACACCAGUUGACACAUUCACUCUCCCAGCAGCAGCAUCAGCAGCCUCAGCCUCAACAGCAUCCUCAGCACCCUCAACUACCGCAACAACACCUCCACCAACAACAUCUUCAAAACCAACACCAACGGCAGAGACACCAGCAACAACAGGCUCAGCAGCAGCAGCAGGCUCAGCAACAACAACAACAACACCAUCAACCACCGCAGACCCAACCAACUCCCCAGCAAAAGCACCAGCAAGACCAACAGCAGGCUCAGCAACAACAUAACUUACAGCAACAUGUACAUGCGCAGGCGCAGCAGCAAAGUCAAAAACGAAAACAACAACAACAACAACAUCAGCAGCAGCAGCAGCAGCAGCAGCAACGGCAUACCCAAACACCCGCCCCUCAGCCCCAGCAACAGCAACAACCGCAACCGCAACAGCCAUCACAGCCACCCUCAGCCUCCCAGCCGGCUUGGGAGCGCCCUGUACCCGUCUCAGUACCCGUAACCGUUCCGCAAGAAGACAACGACACCGAAAUCGCAGUCCUUGAAGGCACUGCGCCGCGAAAACACGGUAAGCGCCUUACGACCCGUGAAGAAACCGCGUUGUUCGAAAUAUGUAAUCGCCACGCAGACACCUUUGGCGAGCGUAACAAGCUCUGUGAAUGGUGGAUGGCCAUAACCCUGGAAUUUAACCGAAUAGAGGGUCAUCCGUACUCAUGGCAUAGUGUCCGUCGAAAGGUCGAAUUCGUCACACAGCAACGUAUCAAGUUUCUUAACGGUAUGGGCGGGAAACGGGGCGAUGACCAGGCAGACGCAGCUUGGAGCGCAGCCGUAGACGCCUGGGUUCCGGUCUGGAGGCGGUUUCAGCAGCAGGAAACAGAGCGAAUAAGCGCAAAACAAGGCAAGAGGGGACGAAAGAGGAAGUCUAUAGCAGUCGAUGCUGCGAAUCUAGACACCCCGAAUCACCAGACGCCCGCUCCUCAACCUCCUGCAACACAACAACCGUCACAGCAGCAUACCCCACAGCCGCAGCAAGCUGAAAUACAGCUCCCCAUGGGGUUUGGAACCAUGUUCAAUAACACACCUUCCAACAAUGGCGCGGAACAUGCUCACGCACACCCGGUUAAUGCGGGGACUCCCGACCUUCUCGCGCCCACAACCACCAACCCGUCUUCUUCCUCUCCUCAAACAGACCCAAACAACGUCUCCGCAGCCACUCUCAAAGCCCUCUCACGUCUAAACAACACCCCCAAAGCAGCCAUAUCUCGAAAUCCGAACCUAUCGCCCUCCACAGCCAUGCUGAUGUCCGCUGCCGAAAACUCCUCGUCCCGCCGUCCAUUCAAUUCUCCUUCAAUCCCCGUCUCCGUUUCUCUAACUGAUACCCACCAACAUCAUCCCCAUCCUGGCCCUGGCCCUGGUGCUCGUGGCUCCAACACAGCUAAUCCCGGUGUACCCGUCAGUGGCGUCAGCGGAGCGCCUACAGCCAACGGGAACCUAACGGAUGUAUAUAUGGCCGACGUAUCCGCUGCCGCAUCCGCCGUUGCCCAGUCCAUAUCGGUUUCAACAAUUGACCAGAUACGCGCUGAGCUGCGGGCCGAGUUUCGUGAGCAGCUACAGAAGGAUCGCCUGCAGCUCGAGGAGAAGAUAACUUCCGUGCAACAAACCCAAGAGAUGAUCCUUAGUUUGCUGAAUGACCAGCGGUUUAUGAAAUGAUUUGGCCGGCCUU